UCCGAGGGGCUGUAUGCCGUGCGAAAAGUGAACCCCCGCUGUGGUUCAAAAAGAGCGCACAACGCCCAUGCCUCCGCGUUUGUUGUGACCCUUUCUUUCAUUUCGCCGGCAACGAGUGUUUUGUUUAUAUUCGCCGCCCGUUAGCAAUUCAAAUGUCCAGCUGAGCUGACAUCCAAAACAAUCUAGUGCCCUGGUUUUUGGCAGUCAAAACAGUUGUCACUUGCAGUAGCAACAUUCAUUUGCAGUUGCAACACUUGUUGGCAGCGAGCAGAAAUCGCAGCGUGUUGCCAGUUGCAAAAAACGUGCGACAGCAGCAACUUCUUCGUGCACUGCAGCAACAAGCGACUCAAAACCCGGUUAAAUAACUAAAUAAUCUUUAUUAAAGCUAAUCAAGAAAUAAUUUAAAGCAUUUAUUAGCAGAAUUCAGUUUUUAUCGAUGAAAUGAAUACGCGACGCCGACCCAUUGCUCCAUCGCCGAAUAUUUACGCCACCAAUGUCAAAAUCUGCCAUUUGGUGGCCCAGCAUACCUGCCUUUACGAUCGCUCCGAUGAGAACUAUAUGCGCAAAUCGACUGUGAAAAAUGCCUGGAAGGAAAUAUCCAAAGAGAUGCGAAUUUCGGUCAAGGGCUGCAAGGAUCGCUGGCGCAACAUCCGCACCAGCUACGCCCGCUCCAUAAAGGUGCACCACGGUGCGAAUACUUAUUACCUGAAAGGCGAGCUGCAGUUCCUGCAGAAGCACAUCACUCCCGGAGUUCCCGUCCCGCUGAGAGGUCGGCGCUCAAGACCCAAGGGCCAGGAGGAGUUGGAUGAGCAGGACGACGGGCAGCACGAGACGCCUGUGGAGGCUAUGCUCGAGAUGAAGAUGUCGCCAAGCAGUCCGGAAACGGAGCAUGCGCAGAGCCGCGACAGCAACGACUCUCAGUCUGAGGAGGAGUCGGAUGACGAGCAGCGUUCCUGGCAGGCUCGGGCCAGCAAGCGCCAGCGAUUGGAGAGCAAGGAGUCCAAGACUUCUAACUACAAUGUUGAAGCUUCGCAAACCAUGGACUUCGAUGACGCGUUCCUGCAAGGACUCCGUCCCGAAAUCAAGCACAUGAACUUCCACCAGAAGCUGUACUUCAAGCGUCGUGUUUACGAGCUGCUCGGCGAGAUAUUUCACUCCGACGAGUCCGCCUCAUCCAGCCACCCAACGCAUCCGCAUCCCGCGGAGAAGGUCAAUGGAACGCUACCAACAGCCUCUCCAUCGCCCUCGCCCUCGAUUUCGCUGCAGCACUUGGGGAUGCUGCAGCUGCCCAAACUGGGAACAAAGCCUGCCAAAGAUGUCUAACUUCCAAGGCUUCAACCGACUGAUUUCGAAUUUAUGUACAGUACUAGGACAAAUAAUAUUUUAAGUUGUUUUUUAACAUGUUCGAAGAAUGUAUAAGCCAACUGCAAGGAGCAGUUUGAGUCCAAUAUGAAGUUGACAUAAAUAUAAAUGAACAGAUUUUAUAAAACUCAAAAGUGGUCUU